AAUUAUAAAAAUUUAAACCAUACUUAAUUGGGACAUAGCAAGAAAAACAAGUGUAUGCAAAAAUUUGAAUAAAAUUCAAAAUGAAAGGACUUUUUGUAACUUUAUUGGCUGUUCUUUGCCUUCAAUUGGCUCUUGGUGUUCCAAGAUAUCGUCGUGACACCGAAGACGUUGCAGUCACAGAAGCUACGACUACAGCAGUUUACCCAGAACCUUCUGCCGAUGAGCAAGUUAUAAUUCAAUGGUCUGAUUUACCUAUUGAUGAGAAAAUUGACAGUCUUGGCGAUAAGGGUCUUAAAAUUUUAGAAGAAAAUUUAAAAGGAUUACAUCAAGCAUACAAAUUAAAUGAUUAUGGAUUAGCCGAUGGUGAAUUUAUCCCUAAUUUACCAAAAUUAUUAAAUGAAAAAGCUGGUAUUCCAUUAUAAAAUGUUCGGCCUGCAAAAAAAUUUGUCAAGUUAACAUCAAAAUAAAUUUUUUUAAAUAAAAA